UUUGUUUAUAUAGAAAUAAUAGAUUUCCUAACUUUUAAUUUUGCAUGAAUAUUCUUUUUUAUUUGUUGGUUAUAAUUUUAAAAUGGCUGACAACAUCUUUCUGUUGAACUAAAUUUAGUUUGUAAUUAGUUAAAAAAAUAUUAAUAGGCAAUUUCUUGAGAAAAAAAAGGAAAUAAAGUUAAAGAUGGAACUUCGAGUGGGGAACAAAUUUAGGCUGGGCAGAAAGAUUGGCAGUGGUUCAUUCGGUGACAUUUACCUCGGGACGGACAUAACAAAUGCAGAAGAGGUUGCCAUUAAGUUGGAGUGCGUCAAAACGAAACAUCCCCAGCUACACAUCGAGAGCAAAAUAUACAAACUAAUGCAAGGGGGAGUUGGUAUCCCGAUAAUAAAGUGGUGUGGGUCGGAGGGUGACUACAACGUCAUGGUCAUGGAACUACUCGGUCCAUCUCUCGAAGAUCUCUUCAACUUCUGUUCCAGGAAGUUCAGUCUCAAAACUGUACUCCUGCUCGCUGACCAGAUGAUCAGUCGCGUAGAAUACAUCCACUCGAAGAACUUCAUCCAUCGCGACAUCAAGCCCGACAACUUCCUGAUGGGCCUCGGUAAGAAGGGCAACCUCGUCUAUACCAUUGACUUUGGCCUGGCCAAGAAGUACAGAGACGCCCGCACACAUCAACACAUACCUUACAAGGAGAACAAGAACCUGACUGGAACCGCAAGAUACGCCAGUAUUAAUACACACCUCGGGAUUGAACAAAGCCGCAGAGAUGACAUGGAGUCGUUGGGCUACGUGUUGAUGUACUACCUGAGGGGCAACCUGCCGUGGCAGGGAUUGAAGGCGGCCACCAAGAGGCAGAAGUACGACAGGAUCAGCGAGAAGAAGAUGUCCACCCCAAUCGAGGAACUCUGCAAAGGAUUCCCUUCUGAGAUGGCCACCUACCUGAACUUUUGUCGAGCCAUGCGGUUUGACGACAAGCCCGACUACUCGUAUUUGAGGCAGCUGUUCAGGAACCUCUUCCACAGACAAGGUUUUACCUACGACUACAUCUUCGACUGGAACAUGCUCAAGAUCCAGCAACAACAACGUUGCCAGCAAGCGACCAACGACGACAACGAAGGACGCGACGCUUGCAGACGCCAACAACUUUAG